AUGGAAUCCCAGUCCAUCUCCCCCGGACCCGAGAUCCUCGCUUCUCUCCUCAGGAGCUGCGCAGAAGCCCGCUCCCUCCGCCUUGGCCGCAUCGCCCACGACAAAGCCACCCGGACCGGCCUCCUCUCCCACCCUCUCGUCGCCAACAGUUUGGUCCUACUCUACGGCAGGUGCGGCCAACUCGGCACCGCGCGUCUCCUGUUCGAAAAAAUGCCGGCACGGAAUGUCGUCUCAUGGACCACCAUCAUUUCUGUCUACCACCGGGCCGGCUUCCCGCACGAUGCGCUCGACUUGUACAGAUCGAUGCAGACGGUUGGCGGUGUUCGGCCAAAUGCCUUCACGUACUCGGUCGCUCUUAACUGUUGCGCCAGUGUACAAGACUUCGAAUUGGGGGUUCGAAUUCACGAAGAGCUUGUGCAGGAUGGAUGCGAAUCUGAUGAAUUCAUUGUCGUCGCGCUGAUUGACAUGUAUGCCAAGUGCGGCUGCGUUGCCGAUGCCCGUCAGGUGUUCGAUCGUAUGACCAAACCGUCAGUAGAGGCUUGCACAGCCAUGAUUGAAGGGUACAAUGGCAAUGGCGAGGGAAAGAAAGCAAUAGAUGUGAUGAGAAGGAUGUUUCAGAAUGGGAUCAGCGGUGCUGCUGCUGCCAGACUGGGGUUCGCAUCAAUGGCCAGAGCAUGCGUCAUAGAGUUGGCUCUUAGACAAGGCCAGGAGAUUCAUGCACGCACCAUCAAGGUUGGGCAAUAUCCGGGCUCGAAAGCUCUUACAGCACUUGUCGAGUUGUAUGAGAAAUGUGACAAGAUGGUGGCGGCAAAACAUAUUUUUGAUUCUUUGGUAGUCAAAGAGAUGGAUCUGUGGGUGAGAAUGGUUGGUGGCUUUGUGAGGAACAAGAUGUACAGAGAUUCUUUGAAGUUGUACGCGGAGAUGAUGUCUCUCGAUCUCAAAUUGAAUCCAUUUCUAGUAGCACUGGCCAUCAAGUCAUGCAUAGAGAUGCCAGAUUUGCAGGAAGGGAAACAAAUUCACUGUACACUAGUCAAAGUUACGCGGUUGGUCGAUGAGUCUGUUGUUGACAGUCUUGUAGAGUUCUACAGAAGCUUUGGUGAGUACGCAGCAGCACAGAAGCUAGAGAAACAGAGUUGA